AUGGAAACCACCAAAGUUAUUGAUAUUAUUGAACGCUACGCAGCUUCAUCUCUUACUAAGAACGCUCUAAAUCACUUGAUAUUUAGGCUUAUUCAACGUGCUGAUCGCUCGACUCUCAGUGACUUGACUAAUACGAUUUCUGGCUCUUUGAAGAGGGAUUUCUUAACCUCACUUCCGACUGAAAUAUCCAUGGAAAUCCUGGAACAGCUCGAUCAUGAUUCUGUGAAUAACGUUCUGGCCGUCUCCAGAAGUUGGAAUAGAUUGAUUACAAGCGAAUUUUGGAAAAACCUGUUGAUCAGAGAUAACUACACUACAAAGGAGGAAUUGGACCAACUUGUACAAAAAGUGGACUCAGAACCGUCGAUCUUCCACAAACUAUACACUAAGAGGUUUAGACUACAUCGUAACUGGUUAGAUCCAGACUUCCAGCCGUAUAAGAUUACAGUUCCAGGUCAUGGGGCGAAUGUUGUGACCUGCCUCCAAUUCGAUGACGAAAGAAUCAUUACAGGUGCAGAUGACAAAAUGAUCAACAUCUAUGAUCCAGAAACUGGGAAACUAUUGAAUAUACUUUCAGGCCAUGAGGGCGGUGUUUGGGCUUUAAAAUACAUUGGGAAUCAGAUUGUCAGUGGCUCCACCGACCGGACGGUCAGAGUUUGGAACAUACAGCUGGGUAAAUGUACUCAUGUGUUCAAGGGACAUACAUCGACAAUUAGAUGCAUGGAAAUUGUGACAAAUGAUGAGGGUGAAAAAUUUAUAAUCACCGGAUCCAGGGAUAACACCCUCCAUGUAUGGAGGCUUCCGGAUGAAGAUGAUCUUGGUGAGGAUUACGAUGAGACAGAUGCACAGAACCCGUACUUUGUUACCGUACUCAGAGGACAUACUGCAUCAGUGAGAGCAGUUACUGGAUAUGGGAACACAAUCAUAUCCGGCUCUUAUGACCAUACUGUUCGUGUCUGGGACCUGAAAACUUGUACAAACAAGUUUGUCCUACGUGGUCAUACAGACCGUAUCUAUUCGACUAUUUUGGAUGUUGAAAGAAACAGAUGCAUUUCUGCCUCUAUGGACUCGACUAUUAGAGUAUGGGACUUGAAUAAUGGUGCCUGUAUUGCAGAACUAACAAAACACACUUCUCUAGUUGGCUUACUUGGACUCUCCUCGAAUUAUUUGGUGAGUGCGGCUGCAGAUGGUACUCUUCGGGGCUGGAAUCCUGAUAAUUACGAGAGUGAAUUUGUAUUGCAUCAAGAUGGCCAUUCCGCUAUCACCACUUUUUACGCAUCACCAAACUUGUUGGUCAGUGGUAGUGAAGGCCAAUUCAACAUUUACGACCUACAGAACAAGGGGCAGUUGAUUCGUUCAAACGUGUUGGCAGACUCCGGCCCAAUCUGGUCUGCAAAGUUCAAUUAUUCCAAAUGUGUUGUCGCCGUGGAAAAAAACUCCCAGAGUUUCAUAGAGAUCUUAGACUUCAGCAAAAGGGCCUAA